GGGAGACCCAGGAAAGGCCUAAGACCGGCGGGUAUGUGUUCUCACUCUCGCCGCCCGGCCGUAGCUGCCUCGGGAGACUUGGGCGGGCGAGAGGACAAACCGCUCCCCAGCGAAGAUACUCGACUGAAAGGAAUCUACCCCACUGAUCAAUCCAGAUGCCUUCUUCCACUUCACCAGAUGAAGAAGAUAGCCUGCAGACCUGUGUUUUAAAGUUUGCUGAUCUGGACUUAAAAGAAUCAAAUCUUAUUAGCCCCAGCAGCAGUCUCAAAGCAGAGUUAGAUGGCAAUCUAAAGAAGAAAUACUCAUUUGCAAAGAAAAAGGCCUUUGCCCUUCUUGUCAAAACCAAACAAGUUCCAGCACCUUCUUACGAAUUUAAAGGAAAGCGGUGGAGAUGCUGUCAGCAGCUAUUUGUGGACCAGAUCAGCAUCCACAGACAUGUGGCGACACAGCAUGCUGAAGAAGUUUACCAGCAGACUGCUUCUAUUCUGAAGCAGCUAACUGCAGCAUUGCAUGCUUCACAGAGUCUUACAUCCACAGACAAGAAGAACCCUCCCAGUCAGGAAGUGUCUGCUUGGCUCCCUGAUAUAAGUCGCUUUAGCCCUGAUGAGCUGAGCAGUGACCAGAGCAACGAGGAUGGGGAGGUACUCCUGUAUUACUGCUACUGUGACUUGGAGGACCCCCACUGGGUUUGUGCCUGGCAGACAGCUCUAUGCCAGCACCUGCACCUCACAGGCAAGAUUCGGAUCGCUACUGAAGGAAUCAAUGGAACUGUUGGAGGAAGUAAAGUGGCCACCAGACUCUACGUGGAGGUCAUGCUUUCCUGCCCGUUGUUUAAGGAUUACCUGUGUGAGGAAGAUUUUAAGAGCAGCAAAGGAGGAGCUCACUGCUUCCCGGAAUUGCGAGUUGGUGUGUUUGAAGAGAUCGUGCCUAUGGGGAUCAGCCCCAGCCAGGUCUCCUACAAGAAUCCCGGAAUCCAUUUAUCCCCUGGUGAAUUUCAUAAAGAAAUAGAAAAGUUUUUAUCGCAGGCAAAUCAGGAACAGGGUGAUACUAUCCUACUGGACUGCAGAAACUUCUAUGAAAGCAAAAUAGGACGAUUCCAGGGCUGCUUAGCACCAGACAUCAGGAAAUUCAGUUACUUCCCUAGCUACGUUGACAAAAACCUUGACAUUUUCAGGCAGAAGAGGGUGCUGAUGUACUGCACUGGGGGCAUCCGCUGCGAGCGGGGUUCUGCAUACCUCAGAGCCAAGGGAGUGUGUAAGGAAGUGUUUCAGCUCAAGGGUGGCAUCCACAAAUACCUGGAAGAAUUUCCUGAUGGGUUUUACAAAGGGAAGCUGUUUGUUUUUGAUGAGCGGUUUGCCCUGGCCUACAACAGUUCUGUGGUAUCAGAAUGUUCAUACUGUGGAGUCCCGUGGGACCAAUAUAGACUCUGUUCUACUCCGCAAUGCCGCCAGCUCGUUUUAACCUGCUCUGCCUGUCAAGGACAAGGAUUCACAGCCUGUUGCAUCAUGUGCCAAGACAAAGGGGGCAAACAGGCUUCGGGCCCUGCCCAGGACAGUUUUAAAGAAGAAUGUGAGUGUACAGCCCGGAGACCACGCAUCCCACAGGAGCAACCUGCAUGACACCCUGUGAGCCUGGAGCCAGGGCCUGACGCUGGUGAAGCUGUGUGGCAUCUUCAGCAUUCCCUAAGCUUCACAGUGCAGGCUUCAGUGUCCAUGCGUAGAUUGUCAAGGCUGUAGAAACAAAUCGGGAACUUUCAUGUGGUCAGAUGGCCUCAAGCAAAGGGGACAGGGAGUCCAGUGUUAGCUACCUAACCUGCUUGUUUUGAUUCGGAAUAUGCUAGAGCCUGGAAAAGAGGUGAUCCGUGUGGGAUCCCAAGGACGUUAAGGGAAAGAGCCUUGAGCUCGGCUGCGCCAUGUCUUCUCUGCCAUGCAGCCAGGUAGUAGACAUUGCUCUUGUCAGCAAACCUUUUUGCUUUGGCAGCAAAAGCAGAGAAGCUGAGCCCAGGGUGUGGACUCUUAAACCAGGUCAGCUGCAACCUUUCACUGCGUCAGUCUCUUCGCUAACUGCCCGAAGAGAUCUGUAAUCUGUAGCAUUGGCCACUUCCUGCUUUGAAGACUUUACUGAAUCAACCUGACCCAUUCCUUUACAUAUGAUCAUGGCACUACUGAGUAGUUGGCCAGAGACCAUGUGGCCUUCAGAGUCUAAAGUAUUUGCACUCUGUCCCUUCACAGAAAAUGCCAGCUCUCAGUUCACGCUGACAGCUCAUCUGACAGAGGCAGUCUUAAAGAAGUGGCCUACAUUUUUAUAGAUUUGGUUUCUUUGAAAGAUGUCCCCCUAACAGCCCUGCGUUACCCAGCAUCCCCUCUUAGCUUCUGAGUGUUCUCCUUGGGGAUCCAGAUG